GACACGUCCGACAACCCAACCUACAGGCAAAUGUUCGAGUUUGUCUCCGAGUUUUUCCUGCGCCGUUUUGUGAUGGUCGUAAACGCCGACAAUUAUCUGGGCGACGGUUUCGAGAGCCUCGAUCUGGACUACCUUAGAGAGAAUAAAGUUAUGUAUGCUCUGACCCGAAGGUACCCCGUCCCGAUGCCAAAAGGAUGUCAUUACCCCAUUGCGUCUUACUGCGAAGAGAAAAGCUGGUACCAGGACUCUCACGACGCAUUUCUGUUCUUUGUACACUCGGCUAUUUCCAAAGACUUCCUCAAAGAGGUAGACUUCGCCAGCAACGCGUACGGUUCGGAAAAUGUGAUCAUUUGGGCGUUUAAAUCCAUCCUAAACUUUGCUGUGUUAAACCCCUGCAAACUGCUCCAGAUCCAUCAUUUCCACUGUUCACAGGUGAGAUCCUGGGACAGACCUUGGGUGGACAGACCGGAAACACACGGGCAGGCCAAUUUCACUGAUUCCCUCUAUACCCAGCCCUAAAACAGUCUGGGCCCGUAUUCAUCAAGAUUCUUAAGUAUUUCUUAACGCUAAAAAAUUCUUAAAUUGUUAAAAAUACUUAAGUCCCAUUCAUAAAAAACUUCACUGUUAAGAAAUUCUUAAAUUCUAAGUGUGCCCAUGACCACUUUAAUCUUUUUCUUAAAUUCUUAAUUAUUUCUUAAACAACAACAUGGCGGCCGCUCAACCAAAUCGACGCCACUUUAAGGAAAGAAGAGAUUGUUUGAACGAAUAUAAUGAUAGGGAGCUAUUAGAAAGGUUUCGUUUGGAUGUUGCAGGAAUUCGGUAUAUCGAAUCACUAGUUAGGGAUGACGUUGUAAGUGGAUAGAAUUGAAACUGUGCACUUACUCCUGUGCAGGAAGUGUUGAUUACUCUUCGUUUUUUGGCAACUGGGAAAAUGCAGCUAUGCAAUGGUGAUGACAUAGGGGUCUCACAGCCUACUGUAUCUAGGGCUAUCAUAGCUACCGUAAGAAGUCUAUCUUCAAACCAGCAAAUUGCUCAGUUCAUUCGUUUUCCACUGACAGCUCGCGAAAUGCGUGACAAACAGGAAACGUUCUACGCUGCUGCCCAAUUUCCAGGCAUUGUUGGGGCUAUUGAUGGGACACACAUAAGAUCAAUGGCAAGCUGUUCUGAGUUCCAGAGUAGCCCCUAUACUAUUAAUCUGCACCAUUACCACAGUGUUAACGUUCAAAUUGUUGUGGAUGGGAAGUAUAACAUUCUCGACAUUGUCACAAAAUGGCCAGGGUCAACACAUGACGCUCGAAUUCUGGCUGAAAGUGGACUGAGACAGCUUUUUGAAAACCACCACACACCCAUCGACAAUCAUCUGAUCGGAGAUAGCGGGUACCAAUCUAAACGCUGGCUUCUUACCUCUUUCCUCAGGCCACAACCCGGCCCUCAAACAAAUUACAACAGGUAUUAA